CUUAUGAUACACAAACCCUUGAAUUUAAUAUUUAUUACCGUUAAGUCUCAGUACACGUAUAUUGAAAUUGUAAACGCCAAAUUAACAGAAAAUAAACGCGGCUGAGUUAUUACUUGUGCUGCAACGGUAGCCUCUAGAUAAGUCCCCACCAUUUUCCCUAUAUAUGACACCAUUGCCAUUUCCAACCCAAUACAAUGCUCACUCUCUCUCUCUCUGUUCAUCUGUCUAUUAAUCCUGUGCUUUUCUGUUCGGUUCUAUCCGUGAACCCCGAGUUUCGGAGAAGCUUCUUUCCUUUUCACUAGCGCUUUCUCCUCUCUUGCUGUAUUUACUGUAUACAUCAACUUCACAACUCUCCUUCAAUUGUUCUUUAUAGAUUUGUCACCGCCAUGGCUGUUCAGAGAUUUCUCUGCCUCCUUUUUCUGUUCUUUACCAUGUCAAUCUCUUUGUCAAUGGCUCUCAAGUUUAAUGUCGGUGGUAAACAGGGUUGGGUCUUAUACCCUUCUGAAAGCUACAAUCACUGGUCUGCGAGAAUGAGGUUCCAAGUCAAUGACACCCUCUUUUUCAAGUAUAAGAAAGGAGUGGACUCUGUUUUAGUGGUGGACAAAGAUGAUUAUGACAAGUGCAACACACAGAAACCAAUCAAAAAGAUGGAGGAUGGUAAUUCAGUUUUCAACUUUGAUCGAUCAGGUCCUUUUUACUUCAUUAGUGGAAACAAAGCGAGUUGUGACAAAGGUCAAAAAAUGAUUAUCGUCGUUUUGGCUGUGAGGAACAAACCCAAGUCUCCAUCUCCAGUUCCCGGAGCUCCGGCGCCGGUUGGUCACUCUCCGGUGGCUGCACCACCCAAAGGGUCCACACCUUUAUCACCCUAUCCGGCUACGACACCUAAGUCGCCUUCCCCGGUUGCUAAACCUCCAGUAGGACCGGUACUGUCUCCUACACCAGAGGGAUCACCGACGUCGCAUUCUCCGGCAGCCCAUACCCCCGUGCCUUCUCCGGGAACCCACACCCCUGUGUCUUCUCCGACUACGACCCCUAAGUCGCCAUCUCCGGCUGCUAAGCCUCCGGUCUUGUCUCCUACACCAGCGGGUUCACCGGCGUCACAUUCACCGGCUGCCCACACCCCAGUACCUUCUAUAGCUAUGACCCCUACGUCGCCAUCUUCGGCUGCUAAACCUCCGUUCAUGUCUCCUACACCAGCGGGGACACCGGCGUCACAUUCACCGGCAGCCCACACCCCAGUGCCUUUUCCAGCUAUGACCCCUAAUUCGCCAUCUUCGGCUGCUAAACCUCCGGUCAUAUCUCCUACACCAGCGGGGUCACCGGCGUCACAUUCACCUGCAGCAUACACCCCAGUGCCUUCUCCGGCAAUCCACACCCCAGCGUCGUCUCCUGCUCUUUCACCGAGUGCCAAGAGUCCGGCAGAGUCGCCUACACAAGCAAUCACACCUUCUCCGACUGCCUCACAGCCACCUUCAUCGGCCCCUCCAUCAAAAACACCCGUAGUGCCAUCUCCUUCAACUUUGACUCCUCCGAACGGCAGUCCUCCGGCCUCCGCCAACAACACCGCACCACAACCACCACCACCAGGGUCAUUUGCACCAGCAUUUACUCCUUCAGUUGUCUUGGUGACAACGGUUUCGCUUGUCUUGAGUGUGACUUUGGAUAGGCUUUAUUACUAGUCCUUUUGGGGUAUAGUAUAGAUGAUGAUCAGGGAUUGUUCAUUGUGGAUUGUUCAUCUUUUUUGUUUUGUUUUAUUAUUAUUUGGUUAGUACAGACUUUACUUUGAUGUUUGGAUACUGUUGCUAAUAUUUAUUAGAGAUUUAAAUUCAUGAAUAAUAACACCUAUUAAAUUU